AAAUUUUAUUUACGUUCUCGUCAUUGACUCGUAUAGUUGUAUAGUAAAGCUUGAACCAUAUUAUUUUAUCAAAAUAAUGAAGUGAACUAACAAUAUUUUCGAAAUAGAAAAUGUUUAAUUUAUGAUAGUUUUUUUUUUUUUUUUUUUUUUAAAGAAGAACACACAUUAUUUGCAAUAUGCGCACCUGGAAAAUAAUCUCUAUACUCGUGUUGGUAUUUUCAUUUUUUAUGGAAUUACGACCUUUGGAUUUUUAUCUUGAUGAAUAUCUAACUGAGAUGAAUAUUACUACUGCUCAGAUAAACGAAGAAAUAAUGCCUAUUAGGGAGUACGGUACUCUAUUGUCCGUUUUAUUAACAUUAACAGUCACAGAUUAUUUAUUAUAUAAGCCAGUGAUGCUGCUUAACAAUGUUUGUGGUAUUUUUGUUUACAUCAGCUUAGCAGUGAUGCCAGACAUAUUGCAGUUAAAAAUAACAGAAGUUGCUAUGACACGUAUUACGGCUUAUAGUGAUGUGGCAUAUUUAAGUUACUUGUUUGCAAAGAUCCACGACAAGCGAUUCUAUCAAAUAGCUUCGGGUCUAGUCCGAACGGGUAUGUUGACAGGGAAACUUUGUGGAUCGGUUUUAGCUCAAAUACUCACAUUAAAUGGAUCACUAAAGUUGCUGCCCUUUUAUAAUUUGGGAGCAAUGGUUUUUGCGUUUAUCUGGUCUUUUUACAUGCCACCUGCAAGACCAUCAAGACGUCGUAGAAAUGCAAAAUCAAAACAAGCUAAUUUAAUUUCUGUCCAGGUUAAUAUAAUACAAGGUGCUUCUGAAAUUAAGAACAAUAAGUCGGAAGAAAUAAUCAUUAAAAACCCUCUGCUACGUGCGUGGAAUGAUUUUAUUGAAUCUUAUACAAACUUGACUGUUUUAAAAUGGUCAAUAUGGUUUUGCUUAGCUUUAACGUGUAGUAACGUGAUUAAUACCAAGUUCCUUACACAAGAAUUCAAAAAUACAGAUCAGCAAACCAAUAGACAGGUUGAAACGUUAGUGACAUUGCUCAGUGCAAUUUGUUCGUACAAAAUUGGGAUGAGACGAGUGAACUGGGAGUUAAAAGGUAGCACAUUUAUUGGUUCUGGAUCUUUGAUCCUUGGAAUUUGUCUGGUGGUCAGUUACUUUCACCAGAAAUUGCUGCCAGUUUAUAUGUCAUACACACUAUUCGGUGUAUUAACGCAAGUCAUGCUUGUUAUUUCAUUAUCUGAAAUAGCGAAACCACUUAAGAAUAAAUGUUAUGCUUUAAUCUUUGGAUUUAAUUCCUUCAUAUCUGUUGUUUUGAUGCUGUUAAUUAAUGUGGUUUUCACUCAAAGAUUUGAUGUAUUGAAGUUCAUUAGCUCUAAACAGCAGCUAUUGUUCUACGGUGGUAUGUUUAUUACAAUUGGUGUCACUUACGUUGUGUCAAGUAUAAUCUCAUUCAACAAAAAUAGACUGAUAACAAAAUCUCCCAUCUAUAACAUCCCUGAAUAAUUGAAUUAAAAAAACAAUCACCUUAAGAUUUACAAUAAAGGUUACUAAUUAUUUUUAAUAUGUAUUUAUAUUAUUUUACUUAGAAUUGUUAUUUAAACUCUGACAAGAGGUUUAUAUAUUAAAAUGUGUAUGUAUUUUGUACACUGAUGCAUACUAAUUUAUCUUCCGUCGGAUCUUAAUUAAAAAAAAAAUGAAAAUGAAAAUGAUAUAAGUUAAAACAAAAAGGAAACUUCUAUAGGUAGUUUUAAUAAUGUGUAGAUUCAACACAUGAAUUUUUAAAUCCAAAGUUUUUUUGGCUGAAUGACAAGGACAAUGAUUUUAUUUGUAAACUCAACAACUGUUUGAAAUAUAUUUUUUGAAAAAUAAGCUUGUAAGUAAUAAUAAAAGUUUGUAUCAAAAUUA